AUGGGCGGUCAGCAUAGGACUGAUGUUGUGGUCGAUGAGAGACUUCGAGUGCGAGGAGUAAAUGGUUUGCGAGUAAUCGAUACGUCAGUAUAUCCGACAGUAAUUAACGCCAAUACAAAUGCGGCCGCACUGGCAGUGGGGGAGAAAGGGGCUGAUCUGGUGCUGGAGGACCACCGGACACAGUUUGGUAGUGACCCCGCUCAGAGACAGUUAAUCCAUGACAGGACGGCAUCACGAGAGACGUGGGAUAAUACGUACGACUUUAUAGUGGUGGGCGCCGGGGCUGCGGGUGCUGUGGUGGCCAACAAACUCAGUGAAUGCAAGUCAGUGCGGGUGCUAUUGCUUGAGGCAGGAGGUGCUCAAAGUGCUACCUAUAAUGACAUGCCCGGGAUGUUUGACUACAUAUACAGGGAUGGUAUUAAUUAUUUUCCCUAUUAUUCUGAGCCCAGCCCUAACCCUAACUACGGACAAGGAUACCCUGGUGGUCGGGUUAAGGAGCCCAGGGGUAAGACAUUGGGUGGCAGUACAACACAUAAUAAUUUGGUGUUUAAUCGGGGUAAUUCACGUGAUUAUAACGACUGGGCCAACAUAUACGGUGCUGUCGGUUGGAGUUAUAAGGAUUUGUUGCCAUGGCAAAUAAUCCGGGAUAUCACGGGACCAGUGNGUUGGAGUUAUAAGGAUUUGUUGCCAGUGUUUAAGGAAUGGGAGAAUAAUACCGAUCCUUAUAUAGUGGCAAAUAAUCCGGGAUAUCACGGGACCAGUGGACCCAUUCAAGUGUCACAACCCAAAAGAUAUAAGGAAACGGAUAUCAAUGGCGCCAAUCAGGUGGGGUAUAUGUUGAUCCAGUCAUUUGUGACGGGACAGGGGUUUAGGUCGGGAACGGGUAAUGCAUUCGUGGACCCGAAUCCACACGAAGACAAUCUGCAUAUCGUUUGCAAAGCAUUGGUCUCAAGAAUACUAUUCAAUGGGUUGACAGCUAUUGGAGUGGANGCAAAGCAUUGGAAUGAUAUCGAGUAUAGAGUUUACGCUAACAAAGAGGUUAUCGUUUCCGGCGGUGCCAUAAAUAGCCCACAAUUACUAAUGCUAUCGGGUAUAGGCCCUAAAGAUCACUUACAAAGUCUUGAGAUACCAGUAAUACUUGAUCUACCGGUUGGUGACAAUUACAGGAAUCAACCGAAUAUAGAGUUAAGUCCACGGGUUAAACCCGAGUACUUGUAUCUCGUCAAUGAAUUGGCACAAAUUAAUAUAAAACAAUUGAGUCAACUCUACUAUGAGCAAGGUGGUGUACUCGCACAACACGCAACUGUAAUAUUUUUCUAUAGCACCAAAAGUAACCAGGAUAAACAACGGCCCAAUGUCAACCUAUUUUUCAAUACAUUUAAUGGUUCAUUUGUGACCACGUCCAAUUUAGUUCGUAUCAAAAGUCGUGGUACAGUACGCCUACAGUCAACUGAUCCCAGGGUUUACCCACUAUUGCGUCCAAACUUUUUGACCGACCCGGAUGACGUGCAAAACGCAUUAGAGAUGACAAGGAUGCAAUUUUAUUUGUUUGAGAAAACACAGUUGGCUCAAUACGUUAUACUGCCUAAAUUAUCUAAUUAUGGCUGUCCGGUGUGCACCGGGAGGUAUAUUCACGAGUGCACAGAGGGGUUGAUGUUGGUGGUGUACUCGCACAACACGCAACUUUUAGUUCGUAUUAAAAGUCGUGGUACAGUACGCCUACAGUCAACUGAUCCCAGGGUUUACCCACUAUUGCGUCCAAACUUUUUGACCGACCCGGAUGACGUGCUAAAUGCAUUAGAAAUGACCAGGAUGCAAUUUUAUUUGUUUGAGAAAACACAGUUGGCUCAAUACGUUAUACUGCCUAAAUUAUCUAAUUAUGGCUGUCCGGUGUGCACCGGGAGGUAUGUUCACGAGUGCACAGAGGGGUUGAUGUGUUGGAUAAAGUAUAACUCUUUCACUACAUAUCACGUGUCCGGUAGUUGUCGUAUGGGCUCAAUAGACAGACCCGAUGUUGUGGUCGACCCACAGUUGAGGGUUAAGUACGCGAAGAACCUCAGGGUAUGCGACGCCUCUAUAUUCCCAUCCCUUCCCAACGCAAACACCGCCGCUAUAUCUAUAACUGUUGGCUACAAGUAUAUUCACGAGUGCACAGAGGGGUUGAUGUGUUGGAUAAAGUAUAACUCGUUCACGUCUUUUCAUCCGUCGGGCAGUUGUCGUAUGGGCUCAACAGACAGACCCGAUGUUGUGGUCGACCCACAGUUGAGGGUUAAGUACGCGAAGAACCUCAGGGUUUGUGAUUUGUCAGUAUUCCCAUCCCUUCCCAACGCCAACACCGCCGCUAUAUCUAUAACUAUUGGCUACAAACUCAGUGAAUGGACUCAAUAUUUCCAACACUUAUUAUAUAACAACUAUCUAGAGGUGUAUUCAGUGCUAAUCAGACCUAAAAGUGUGGGUAAUGUAGGGCUCAGAUCACCAGACCCACAAGCGCUGCCUAUUAUUGAACAAAAUUUCUUAAAACACCCUGAUGACAAACUGGCAAUUUUGGACGCUAUAUCAUAUGCUUUCUAUAUGAUAGAGGAGACGUCAAUAUCGANCCCACAAGCGCUGCCUAUUAUUGAACAAAAUUUCUUAAAACACCCUGAUGACAAACUGGCAAUUUUGGACGCUAUAUCAUAUGCUUUCUAUAUGAUAGAGGAGACGUCAAUAUCGAAGUACGUGUACAUAAACCCACAGCCAGUGCCGGGAUGUUCGUACUGUCCGAGUGGACCCGAUACCUUCACGUGCAGUAUACUACUCUCUGAAGCGGUGCGGGGAGUGAGUGGUUUGCGAGUAAUCGAUACGUCAGUAUUUCCAGCAGUUAUUAACGCCAAUACAAAUGCGGCCGCACUGGCAGUGGGGGAGAACGGGGCUGAUCUGGUGCUGGAGGACCACCGGACACAGUUUGGUAAUGACCCCGGUUAUGAACAGAGCUGGAAUUUGCCUGUUAAUACGAUAGAUAAUGAGACGGCAUCACGUGAGACGUGGGAUAAUACGUACGACUUUAUAGUGGUGGGCGCCGGUGGGUCAGGCGCUGUGGUGGCCAACAAACUCAGUGAAUGCAAGUCAGUGCGGGUGCUAUUGCUUGAGGCAGGAGGUGCUCAAAGUGCCACAUAUAAUGACAUACCCGGGAUGAUUGACUACAUAUACAGGGAUGGUAUUAAUUAUUGGCCCUAUUAUUCUGAGCCCAGCCCUAACUAUGGACAAGGAUACCCUGGUGGUCGGGUUAAGGAGCCAAGGGGUAAGACAUUGGGUGGCAGUACAACACAUAAUGGUAUGAACUAUAAUCGGGGUAAUCGUCGCGAUUAUGAUGACUGGGCCAACAUAUACGGUGCUGUCGGUUGGAGUUAUAAGGAUUUGUUGCCAGUGUUUAAGGAAUGGGAGAAUAAUACCGAUCCUUAUAUAGUGGCAAAUAAUCCGGGAUAUCACGGGACCAGU